AUGGCCCUCCGCGCGAACUUUCGCGCACUGCUGGCGCUCGUUCUCGCAGUCGGUGCAGCGGCUCAGGAUGCGCCAGCGUCGGCCUCCGCGUCCAUCGUGGACUUCAGCUCCAGCGCAGUUCUGUCGACCACGAGCUCGGUCGGAAUUUCCAUCUCUGUGCCAGCCAGCAGCACUUCUUCUUUCCCUGGCAGCAUAACGUCGAGUGCACCUGUCCCUUCAAGUACCAGUGCCCCAACUUUGUCUAGUAGCUCCCCCGCUUCUAGCGCCUCGAGCAUCUCCAGUGUCUCGAGUGUUUUGAGUUCCGGGUCUACUGCGUCGUCAUCCUUGGUGACUUCGCUCCCUAGAACUUCCUCAACGUCCAGCGUCGGAGUGUUCUCCCCAUUCCCAACGCCGUCCCAAGCCCCAGUGCGGGGCGUCUUCGAGGUCACGGACCCGAGCCGACCACCACCUGUGGAUUCGCCCAUAAUCCCUGAUUUCAAUCCAGCAUGGGCGGAGGCAUAUGCGAAAGCGCGAACUCUCAUCGCAAACUUCUCAAUCGAAGAGAAGGUCAACGUUACCACGGGCGUCGGCUGGAUGAACGGUCUUUGUGUAGGGAAUAUCCCGCCGGUGCAGAAUUGGCCGGGCUUGUGUUUAGAGGACUCGCCUCUGGGAGUUCGGUUUGGUGAUUUCUCAACCGCAUUCCCGACGGCGAUCAAUGCCGCUGCAACAUGGAAUCGGCGCCUCAUCCGUCUCAGAGGUUUGUUCAUGGGGCAAGAACAUGUUGGGAAGGGUGUCAACGUUGCGUUGGGCCCAAUGAUGAACAUGGGUAGAGUGGCUAAUGGUGGAAGGAACUGGGAGGGCUUUGGUGCCGACCCUUUCUUGGCUGGCGAGGCUGCGUACGAAACUAUCCUUGGUAUGCAGGAAGCUGGUGUACAAGCUUGUGCGAAACAUUUCAUCAACAAUGAGCAAGAGCACAAACGUACGGAAUCAACAUCUGACGUCGACGACCGCACGCAACAUGAAAUCUACGCGCAUCCGUUCUUGAAGAGCGUCAUGGCUGGCGUUGCCAGCGUGAUGUGUUCCUACAAUCAAAUCAACGGAACGUUUGCGUGCGAGAAUGACAAGAUGUUGAACGACGUACUGAAACGCGAGUUUGGAUUCCAAGGCUAUGUCAUGUCGGACUGGCAAGCUACACACUCUACCCACUCAGCUAACGAUGGCCUUGAUAUGACCAUGCCUGGCGACAUCACAUUUAACUCAGGGGACUCUUGGUUUGGUGGAAAUCUCACCACAUCCGUCAGGGAUAAUCAAACCCCUGAAGCUCGCCUUGAUGACAUGGCUACUCGCAUUAUCGCAGCCUGGUACCUCCUCAAGCAGCAAAGAUCUGACUUCCCCACGCCAAACUUUGAUGCAUUCCGUCCCGACAACGAGCAGACGAACUUCCACAUCGACGUGCAAGACGACCAUGGUGACCUGGUAAGGGAGAUGGGCGCCGCGAGCACCGUGUUGUUGAAGAAUGUGAGGGGGGCCUUGCCCUUGAGGAAGCCGAGAAGUCUUGUACUGGUUGGUAGCGAUGCUGGUCCUGGUGUGAUCGGGCCGAAUCACUUCUCUGAUCAAGGUGGCGUUGACGGCGUGUUGGCUAUGGGUUGGGGAUCUGGUACUGCGAAUUUCACAUACCUCGUUUCGCCCUACGAAGCAAUCUCAGCUCGCGCACGCAAGGACCAUACAACGCUCUCAUGGAUAUUCGACGACUUUAACCUCGCUCGCGCUGGGAACAUGGCCAUCGGAAGGAGUGCUGCCCUUGUUUUCCUUAACUCAGACUCUGGCGAAGGAUACAUCACUGUUGACGGCAACGAGGGCGAUAGACGCAACUUAACGGCCUGGCACGGCGGAGACAACCUCGUCAACGCAGUGGCGGCUCAGAAUAACAACACCAUCGUAGUGGUGCACAGUGUAGGGCCGCUGAUUCUGGAGCCAUGGAUCGAACACCCUAACGUCACUGCAGUUGUUUGGGCUGGCGUGUCUGGCACUGAAACCGGUAAUGCAUUGGUAGACAUUCUCUACGGAGCGUGGAAUCCUUCCGGCCGCCUACCGUACACCAUCGCAAAACGACCAGAAGACUACCCUGCGCAGCUAGUCCUUGGUGGCGGAGGAGCAGAGAACAUCAUACCUAUACCUUAUACGGAGGGCUUGGAAAUUGAUUACAGGCACUUCGAUGCGAAAAACAUCACCCCGCGUUUCGAAUUCGGCUUCGGUCUGAGUUAUACCACUUUUGAGUACAGCAACUUGAAGGUGUCGAAGAUCGACAGCCCCGACCACGUUCAAAGUGAUCUCGAACGCGCUUGGGCGGCUGGGAAAGCGAGUCCGCACGGACAAGGCUCGUCAACGGCGUUGUACUUGCACCGGCCUGCGUUCCGGGUUACUUUCGACGUGAAGAACACCGGAAAGCUUUUCGGAGGCGACAUUCCUCAACUCUACGUCAAUAUGCCUGCGUCCUCGGGUGAACCACCUUCCAUACUCAAGGGCUUCACUAACAUUGAGCUGUCGCCAAACGAGAGGCGGACGGUCACGAUCAACUUGUCGAGAUACGAUCUAUCUAUAUGGGACACUGCUGCCCAAGGAUGGGCGAAACCAGCCGGUAGAAUUUCGAUUACCGUUGGAGCAAGCAGUAGAGAUGCGAGGUUGCACGGUCGGAUACCCCUUUGA